ACGCGAGGCUGCGCAUGCGUCACAAGAUGGGCGGGUCUGGACUGCGCAUGCUCAGUGCUCAGAGUGCAGAUGAACACAGGCUGAAUGAGAGCUGAGCAAAGAAUGCGUACGGUCGCUCGCUCUCUCUACCGCUAAUCUUCCCGCUUGGUCCCGUCUCAGAGGUUAAAGGUCAUGGAGGAGGAUUUCGGGGUUUUCGUGGACUGGACGCUGGAGGUCGGAGUCGCCCGCGACGCGCCGCCUGGAAAAACCGACUACACCGACCCUAAGGAGCGCAAGCGCCACGCCCGCUCGGGUCAGUGGGCGAAGAGCCACGCGCAGCGGGCGCUGGUGUAUCGGGAGCUGGUGAGAGCGCUGCCCUGCCGCUCGGUCACGCCGGACGCCAGCGUGUACCGCGCCGCUACGGAGAAAACGCACAACAGCGACACGGACACCAGGAAGAAGGACGCAGGCGCGGUGGUGGUACCGCUGCCCGAUUUCGCGUCCGGCGGUUCGGUCCCGCGGUACUGCCUGAAGCCCGAGUCGCUCGGCUCGGUCGGGCGCGUCCUGUCGCGUCUGGAAUCCGAAUUUCCCGACGUCUCUUACUGCCCGUCGCUGCCCCCCGUCACGGCGCUGCUGCUCCACUGGAGCCCGGACGAAGCCCGGUGCUUCGAGGGCGUGGCCCGACUGCUAGCCACGGCGCAGCAGCAGCGCAUGAUCCACCAGACCUUCCUGGCUCACCGCGCCUCCUGCAUGACCUUCGGAGACCUGGCGCGCAAGCACUGCCCCGCCGCCCACCAGCUCGUGGUCUCCGCGGCGACGGAGGGUCGGGACGGGCCUGCCGAGGCGUACGAGGACUGGCAGCGCUGGGUGUUCGGGGACCUGCCGUUCCAGCACGCCGCCCGCGUCAUGGACGUCUACCUGGUGGAGGGGUUCAAGGUGCUGUACCGCGUCGGCCUCGCCCUGCUCAAGCUCUACAGGAAGCACAGGCUGGACAGGAAGGCGGCGCUCAAGGACUCCGGGGGGGUCAGGCGGGACAUCGGCGAGUUCGUGAGGGGCAUCGCGGCCAGCGUGAGUCCAGAUAAGCUGAUGGAGAAAGCGUUCGCUAUCAGACUGUUCAGCCGGAAGGAGAUCAACCUGCUGCAGCUCGCCAACGAGAAAGCGCUCCAGCAGAAGGGCGUCACGCUUCAACAGAAGAGGUGUAACGCGGGCCUGUCGGUGAACGCGGACACGUUUCAUUCUGAGAUCAUCGGUGUGAAGGACAUGAAGGAUCUGUGGUCGUGGAUCCCUGAACGAUUCGCUCUGUGUGAGCCACACCUACUGUUCACCACCUCUACACACGGCUGUAGUCUCAACAGGUUUUAUUCUCAUUGUGAGGGGUAUGAACCUACACUGCUCCUGAUCAGGACCACCGACAGAGAGGUGUGUGGGGCGUUCCUGUCGACGGACUGGGAGGAGAGGAAGCGUGGUGGGAACACUCUCAGCUACUUCGGUACGGGCGAGUGCUUCGUCUUCAGGAUGAAGCCGGAGAUGGAGAGGUUCGAGUGGGUGAUCAUCAAGCAUCCCGAGCUGGCGAGCGCCGCGCCCGACCGGCCGGGCGACGAGAACGCCGCCGACUCCAACGCCUCGCUUCCGGUGGAGGCUCCGCCCAACUCCAGCGCCGACUCCGCCCACCUGUCUCCCUUCCUCGCCGCCCGGCAUUUCCACCUGAACGCCCGGAACACGUCCAUGUUCAUGGCGGGAAACUUCGACUCCAUCAUCAUCGGAGGCGGGGGCGAGGGUAACGCCCUGUACAUCGACUCCGAGCUGAACCACGGCCGGACCGGAAGCUGCGCCACCUUCGACAACCCCCCGCUGUGCUCCGAAAACUUCCAGGUCUCCGUCCUGGAGGUCUGGGGCUUCCAGGACGCCAUGGCAACCUAACGGCCAAUCGGCACGCCCGAGCGGGUCGCGUCCCUUCGGUCCCGUCCGUGCGGUGUUUAUUAAUCCGCAGUUCUAGCUUCUCGCUGGUCAUGUGAUCAGAUUCUUAUUCUUAUUCACGGGAGGUUUUAAUGUUUCCGAGUUUAUUUAGUGUUCGAUGUUAAACCCAAGCAGCGGCGCGUCAUCAUAACAGCACAACGAGGGAGGUCGCUCAGGUGGCACAGCGCUAAAAACACACGCUGGAACCAGAGCUAGAGCUCGAAUACAUCGUAUCGAAUCUCAGCUCUGCCUACCGGCUAAGGCUGAGCGGCCACAUGAACAACGAUUGGCCUGUUGUUCAGAUAUGGGCGGGACUAAUGCAAUUACGACCUCUGCUGGCUGAUUGAUGGAGCCUGAACAGAGAUAAGGGGAGAGAGCUCUCAGGGUGUGUCUCUCCGUACACAAGGCUGAGCUGCACUGCACUCGUCAAAGUGUAGGUGAUAAGAUGCGUACGGCUGCUGCCCACGUGUCGGAGGGGGCGUGGGUCAGCUUCGUUCUCCUCAAUCAGAGCGGGGAUCGGCAUUGGUGGAGAGGAAGCGUGACGCAAUUGGGUAAUUUGACCCGCUAUAAAGGGAGAAAAAGCAUAAAAAAAUAUAUAUUUUAAAACACAACGAGGGGGGUAACGAUACACUUUCACCCUGAUGCAUCACGAUAUUAAAGCGUGGCGAUGCAUCAGGGUGAAGAUUCCGUCGAAUGCACUUCCACUGUUCGAACACCAGAGGUCGCAGUCAGCGUAACCCACACCAGCAGGUCAUGUGAUCAUUCUACCACUCAGCCAUUGGGAGGUGCACGUCUAACCAUAUCGUAUCCUCCCUAAUGCUAAUGCUAAUAUCUGUAAUGCAUUGAAGCCACUUUAUGGAAUCAUUACGUCUCCGUGUUGUUCAUAUCAUCGUCCGUAAUAAACGUUUAUAGACGUUAGAUUAGUGUUAGAUAAACGUCGUGUUCGUGUUGAGUGUGUGUGUAGAUUUGCCAAACGUGUCGUGUUUGUGUCGUAUAUGAAGAAUUUUAUAUCACUGUAUCGUAGGGCUGGACGAUAUUAUCAAAGCUUUCGAUACGAUAUAUCGUUUUCAUUUGAACUGCUAAUUAUUUCUCUAUAAUCGUUUCUCUGGUGGUGCUGUGCAACAUAAUUAAAAAAAUCAUAUCAUUUUUUGCUUCGGCCGCUUGUGCCGGCGCAUCGACCAGACAGUAGGAGUCGCUGUUGCACCAGUAAUGAACAGAAACCCCGUUCGACCUUCCCUCUCACAGACACGGCCAGCCGUCUCCUGAGCGCCUGUCCAGAUGGGUGGCGCAAUCAGAACUCAGGAACGCCGGAGCUCAAUACAUUCAUGACUCUGUACAGUGAGCAUAUCGCCACCUAGUGGACUGAAAUAUAAACAUCACGCUUUCUCAUAUUCUUCUGCCGGCACCUCGACAGUAGGAGUCGCUGUUGCACCAGUAGUAAACAGAAACCCCGUUCGACCGUCCCUCUCACAGACACGGCCGUCAGGACUCAGGAACGUAAGAGCUCAAUACAUUCAUGACUCUGUACAGUGAGCAUAUCGCCACCUAGUGGACUGAAAUAUAAUCAUCUCGCUUUCUCAUAUUCUUCUGCCGGCACCUCGACAGUAGUAGUCGCUGUUGCACCAGCAGUAAACAGAAACCCCGUUUGACCUCCCCUCUCACAGACACGGCCGUCAGGACUCAUCCGAGAGCCCCACCGUUCAUCAGAAUUAACUCCAUCAUGAUUAUUAUCAGUCUGAACCAGAUGACUGGUUUGGAUAAUUAUCGUUAUCGUUAUAUCGUCCAUGCCUACUACGUUUAAUUGCACAUGUUGCUGAGUGUGUGUUCCUCAGAUCGAGCAGUAUUAUUGUGUACAUGUGUAUCCGUGUCGUAAGUGGCAAUAAAGUGAAGUACUUUAAA